UGGAGAAACGGGGGCGUUUCCUUGAGCUGUUCUUACCUUUGCAGCUACGUUUCACCUGUCAGGCUGAAACUCCCAGACUGUCGCGACUGAAGACUGGACUCAGGAUCAUGGAGUCUCCGGUGAAGGAUUCCCCCGUCAGACCGGGUUUUCACAGACUGGAGAUCCAGAAAACGACGUGGGACGUUCCCGAGAGAUACACGGUGCUGCGGUCGAUUGGCGCCGGAGCCUACGGGACAGUGUGUUCUGCUACUGACCAGAAGACCAAGGAGAAGGUUGCCAUCAAGAAGCUGCAUCGUCCUUUCCAGUCCCUCAUCCACGCCAAACGGGCCUACAGGGAACUCAGGCUGCUCCGCCACAUACAGCACGAAAAUGUGAUCUCCCUCAUUGACGUCUUCACACCUGACGCCACACUGGAAAAAUUCCAAACCUUUUAUAUGGUAAUGCCAUUUGUAGCCCAGGAUCUGGGCAACAUUAUGAAGCGGCGGAGAUUAACUGAUCGCGUCAUCACGUACCUGUUCUACCAGCUUCUAAGAGGGCUCAAGUAUAUCCAUUCUGCAGGGAUCAUUCAUCGGGACCUGAAGCCCGGUAACCUUGCUGUGAAUGAGAACUGUGAAUUAAAGAUCCUGGACUUCGGCCUGGCGAGACAGACAGAGAGUGAAAUGACUGGUUAUGUUGUGACGCGCUGGUACAGAUCACCAGAGAUCAUAUUCAACUGGAUGCACUACAGUCAGACAGUGGAUGUCUGGUCGGCCGCCUGCAUCCUGGCUGAGAUGAUUACUGGCAAGGUGCUUUUCCCAGGACAAGACAGCAUUGAUCAGCUGAAGAAGAUCCUUAAUGUGACGGGAACACCAGACUUCUCCCUGGUUCAGAAGAUGCAGAGUAAAGAUGCACAGUCGUAUGUGCAAGGUCUUCCUCCUCAAAGGAAGAAAAACUUCAAAGAAGUGUUUCCGUCCAUGGAUGAAAAUGCUGUAGACCUCCUGGAGAAGAUGCUGAUGCUGGACCCAGAGACGAGGCUGACAGCUAAGCAGGGACUGUCGCAUCCCUUCCUGGCUGAAUAUCAUGAUCCAGAGAGCGAGCCAGACUCUGAGCUUUAUGACGACUCCUUCGAGAGCAUGGAGCUCGCCGUCGGGGAGUGGAAGAGUCUUAUCCACAUGGAGAUCAUGACCUUUGACCCCGACAACCCCAGUUUGACAGCCAUAUAGGACGCUUUGAGGUGCUGGUGCUGUUUGUUUGUAUCCUGUCAAGCGCAGAGAAACAAAUACAAAACACAUAAAAAUAUUCAUGUCUUUUGUUGGAGCGUCUGACAUGUAUUGCAAUUAAAAAGGUGCAUUACUCACGGGCGGCUUUAUUUGGUGUGGUGGCCUGUGCAGUAGAUGAGCACCAAAAACGCUGAAUUAUAAAACGCUGUCCUCUCAUUUCAAAAACUGCAUAAUGUGUUUACAAAAUUCUCUUAAGUCAAGCUCCAUUUAUUACAUUUUUUUCUGAGCCUAUCGACUGCAUCUCAUAGUUUCAGCAGAACAUCAACAUUUUUUCUUUAAAAUUUCAGAGGCUCGAUCCACCCAGUGAUGAAAACCAUGAGAGGAUGCUAAAGGCUAUGAAUAAAGUAAUAAAUUGAUCUUGAGUUAAGAUCAUUUUCCAAAACUUAUAUUUCAAAAGGUCAAGGAUAAACUUUCAACCUUUACAAAAUAGAAAUUUUACUGAGUGCUGCAAAUGGUAAAAUAAAUGUGUCAAAAUAUCAGUAUUACAAAUACAUUUUAAUAAAUGUGAGCGAUACACAAGAACAGA